AGCAGGGAAAGUUUAUAUAUGCAGGGCAGAGAUGACUGGAUUUCUGUUCGAAAGUGUUCUUUAGCUGCAGGGGUGAACUGGGCCCAGUGGACACUAGUAGGUUGAUCAGGAGGCCAUUUCAGGCAUUGAGGUGAGUUUUGGCACAGUUGGUGCUUAAGAAUUAGAAAGAGAUUGAGAGAGAGAGCAGAGAUGAACAGCCACGUUACUAAAUGACCAAAUGAAUCAGUGCGGGACUUUCCUUGCAUAAGAAAACUUGGUACCACUCUAUUUACCAAAGAGAAACCACUUUUCAGAUGAGCGCUCUUGCAUCAAGGAAGUAGUGCUGAAGGGGGCGCUGGGCAGUAAGCGCCUGCGGCUUUAGCCAACCUCCGUUCAGAAAAGUGGGGCUGGGACUGAAAAACUGAGAGCGUCCAGGAAUCCUUAAAGUCCAGGGAGUACAGGAGGCUUCAGGGGCUCAGGUGGGCGGAGCCUGCGUCUCCGCCGAGAGGCGUGUCCUUGGCUCAUCCAAUCCGAGCACUAUCUGGGAGCCCCUUCGUCGCCUUGACAACACGACGCACAGGGUCUGGAGGAAUACAGUGGCAGUUUGGAUCCGAUCCUGGAGAAUUGAGUCAUGUCGCGACCAAAGAAUCAAAGUUAUAAGGGCCAUGGGUUGUCAAAAGGAAAAGAGCGAGAGCAGAGAGCAUCGAUUCGGUUCAAGACCACUCUUAUGAACACUGUCAUGGACGUCCUCCACAACAGGCCGGGAUGGGUGGAAGUGAAAGAUGAAGGGGAAUGGGACUUCUACUGGUGCGAUGUCAGCUGUCUCAGGGAGAACUUUGACCACACCUACAUGGAUGAUCACGUGCGGAUCAGUCACUUCCGGAACCACUACGAGCUGACCCGCAAGAACUAUAUGGUGAAGAACCUGAAGCGGUUCCGGAGACAGCUGGAGCGCGAGGCAGGAAAGCCGGAGGCGGCCAAGUGCGACUUCUUCCCUAAAACCUUUGAGAUGCCCAGUGAGUACCACCUGUUCGUGGAGGAGUUCCGCAAGCACCCAGGGAUCACCUGGAUCAUGAAGCCUGUUGCACGGUCUCAGGGCAAGGGCAUCUUCCUCUUCCGGAGACUGAAGGACAUCACGGACUGGAGGCAGGUGUCCCAAUUCUUCCCAUGCCACUGUCAGGGCACUGCCAGCAAGAAAUUCGCCAGCCUGGAGGCCCAGCCUGCCCAUGCCGCCACCACCACUGUCAAUCCUUCUGGCAGCCAAGACACAAGAAGUUCUGAUGACCAGAAAGAUGAGCUACCUGUGGAGAACUAUGUAGCUCAGCGUUACAUCGAGAAUCCCUACUUAAUCGGAGGCCGCAAGUUUGACCUGCGAGUCUACGUGCUGGUGAUGUCGUACCUCCCGCUGCGUGCCUGGCUCUACAGGGACGGCUUUGCCCGAUUCUCUAACACCCGCUUCACGCUGAGCAGCAUCGACGACCAGUAUGUUCACCUCACCAACGUCGCAGUGCAGAAGAUGUCUCCCGACUACCACCCAAAGAAGGGCUGCAAGUGGAUGCUCCAGCACUUUCGGCAGUACCUAGCAUCCAAGCAUGGGCCCCAGGUGGUGGAAGCACUUUUCAGUGACAUGGACAACAUCUUCAUCAAGAGCCUGCAAAGUGUGCAGAAGGUGAUCAUUAGUGACAAGCACUGCUUCGAGCUGUAUGGCUACGACAUCCUCAUCGACCAAGACCUCAAGCCGUGGCUCCUGGAGGUCAAUGCAUCCCCCUCGCUGACAGCCAGCAGCCAGGAGGACUAUGAGCUCAAGACUUGCCUGCUGGAGGACACGCUGCACGUGGUAGACAUGGAAGCCAGGCUCACAGGAAAGGAAAAGCGAGUCGGGGGCUUCGACCUCAUGUGGAAUGAUGGUCCUGUCAGCAGAGAGGAGGGGGCUCCUGACCUGCCGGGGAUGGGAAACUUUGUGACCAACACACACCUCGGUAUGCAGGGGAGGUGGGAGGCUGUGUCAAUGAUCGGAAAAACCAGCUGCAGCAACUGUUCCGCUCCCUUCAGUCCCAGAAGAAAGCUUCCAGUUGACCCUGGCAUGGAGGACAGAGGGUCUGGAAGUUGCCACCCUGCCCUCUCCCUGCCUGAUUCCUGCCAGCGCACCUCACAGCAUUCCUCUCCCUCCCUCCAGGCUGGCAGCACCUUUGCUGGCUAAGCAAUGGCUACUUGCUGCUUGGACUGGACCCCUGCAUCUGCCCACCCUGGUCUUGGGCAUCACUGCAUCAGGAGAAAGCCAAUCCCUGGGCCUGGAUGGGUUUUAACCUUGACAGAUUGGCUUGGUGACUGGGCCAAGAAGACAAGUGCAGUAAAUUCUGCUACCCUGUAAAGAUUGUAUCUAAUAAAUGAGCACGGGCCUUGCUUGGAGUCACUGGGCACCAGGCCUGGCUUAGGGGCUACUAUUUGUUU